UUUUUUCUUCAUAGGUUUAAGACUCAUGAACAGGUCAGCAACACACACUGUCUCCUGGGAUUCCCUGGUUGCUGGGACAUACAGAUUUUCCUCUUCUCAUUGCUUUUGGUGGUUUAUGUCUUGACUCUGCUGGGGAAUGCAGCCAUCAUCUGUGCAGUGAGAUGGGACCCACGACUCCACACCCCCUUGUAUUUUCUGCUGGGAAACUUUGCCUUCCUUGAGAUCUGGUAUGUUUCCUCCACUGUUCCCAACAUGCUAGCCAACAUUCUCUCUAAGAUCAAGACCAUCUCAUUUUCUGGUUGCUUCCUCCAGUUCUAUUUUUUCUUUUCCCUGGGCACUACUGAAUGUUUCUUCCUGGCAGUAAUGGCUUAUGAUCAGUACCUGGCCAUCUGCCUCCCACUGCACUACCCCACCAUCAUGAUUCGGAGGCUCUGUGGCAUGCUGGUGUCUCUCUGCUGGCUUGCUGGAUUACUUGGCUACCCAAUCCCAAUUUUCUUCAUCUCCCAACUUCCCUUCUGUGGUCCCAAUAUCAUAGAUCACUUCCUGUGUGACAGGGACCCACUCAUGGCUCUGUCCUAUGCCCCAGCCCCUAUUACUGAAUUUAUUUUCUAUACUCAGAGCUCCCUUGUCCUCUUUUUCACGAUUAUGUAUAUUCUUCAGUCCUACACUCUGCUACUCAGAGCUGUUUUUCAGGUCCCCUCUGCAGCUGGCUGUUGAAAGGCCUUCUCCACAUGUGGCUCCCAUUUAGUUGUGGUGUCUCUUUUCUACCGGACAGUCGUGGCAAUGUAUGUGAGUCCCAACUUUGAUGCAGAAGAUCCUUACACUGGUAUAUUCAGUAAUGACACCUCUCUUUAAUCCCCUAAUCUAUAGUCUUCGUAAUAAGGAAAUGAAAUUUGCCCUGAGAAAUGUUCUGUGUAGAAUGAGAACAAGUCAAACCUCAUGGGUCAAAGAUGAAGAACAAGGUGUCCAUUAUUCCCAUGGUCUUUUAGUCCUCACUCUGAGGAGUUAGUGGCCAGAUAUUUCAUCUGCUGUGUCCAACUUUAAAUACCUUUCCUGUACUGAUCUACUUAAACCUUAAUUCACUGAUUUUCAACGAGUGAAAUUUUUUUAAUGUCUGUCCUUAUUGGAAUGAUGAAAUGCAAUUGUUACCUGAGAGAAAUUAGACUUUGGUAUAUCAUCGUUUUUAGGGCAAACCUAGUAACCUUUACUGAAUAAUUAAGGUGCAGUGACUUUUAACCAGCCAGGGAUAUUUCUAAACCUAAACAGACACUCCUUUCUUAUACCUAGUCUAACAAUAUUAUCUAAUCACCCUCUCUUUCUAUUAAAAGAAGGAGGGGGGGAAAAAAAACUAUGACCAGAAGAAACUCUUUGAACAGAUUUUCUUAGAGGUGUAGUUCCCUUGUCACAAGUUUGAAGUAAAACUUCGAUACAUGCUAAAUAGUAAUUUGUUGAAGUUGCCUUAACACUUCUGUCCUUAUACUUACCACAUUAUGAUGUAAUUUAUUUAUUUACAUGAACCUCCCUUUGAGGGAGCUCCUUGAGGACAGGAAUUACCUUUUUCAUUUCUGGAUCCCCAACACAGUGAGAGAGAGAAAAGCAUUUUUUGACACCCAGGAACUGGCCUAACACUAUCAGGUCCUGGCGUUGAGAGGAGCUGGUCCGUCACUCACAGUUAGACUGGCAGAGUGUUCUCUGUUGAAUAUAAACAAUUUCACAGAACACCAAUCUCAAACAAGGCCACUCUGUGAUCAGGAUGGAUCAAGACAAAAUCAAGACCACUCCAUAAUCAUGUCUGAGAAGAGUCAAAAACAAGAGCACUGUUCAAACCGCAAAAAAUGACCAAACAUCCCUCUUUCUGCCUUAUAUGAAAGACUGCUUUUUCUUCACCAAGUAUAGCUUUAACCCAACUUCAUUGCUACUGCCUUACAGAUAAAAAUUAAGAUGACAAAUCAUAAAUUUUCCUCUACUUUCUGUCAGCAUCCAGAGAAAAAACUCAAUUCUUUAAACUCUCCACAAAAUCACCUAACACAAGCCCAAAUCACAUAAUAAUUACUUUCUAACACCCUGACACGCACCAUGGUUUAUCAUGGCAUAGGUUCUCCCUCAUUACAACAAGCUAAUAAACCCAAUUUCAACUUUGUUCAACUACAGGUAUGAUAUGGUGAUCUUUCAUAUGAUGGAAAUCAAAAGUAGUUCAAAACUCAGCAUAUAAUAAGAGCUUAAAUAUGUUUAUUGAAUAUUUUCUAUCUCAACUUUUUUACUUACAAAAGUAAUAUGGGAUUGUUGUAACAAAUUAAAGCAAUGUAAAAGUGUAUAAAGAUAGUGGAUUUCCCUUUUUCACUCCCAUUCCCAUCAAUCUUUCUCUGUGCUUCUCAGAGUCAAUAUAUCUAAAUUUCUCUGUCUGGUAUUCAAUGCCCUUCAUAAUAUGGCCCCGAUAAACCUAUAUUAUUUGUUUCCCACUGCUUCCCAGCAUGAACCCUCAGAUCUAGUGGGGCCGUUCACCUGACUGCUCCACUCUCUAUUAUCUCUGCACCUUUGCUCAGGCUGCUCUUUUAACCCAGAGAGCCUCACCUCAUCUUCUGCUAUGCAACUUGAGAAAGACAGUUAACACUUACGAUUCCUAGGGUCUUAUUUUGUAAAAUGGCUACAAUUUAUAUCUUGUAAGAAUGUCAUGAGGAUUAAAUGAGACAAUUUAUGUAAAGGCCAAAGCACAGGAAGAGACAAAAGGCUCUCAGCACAUGUUCAUUCCCCUCUCCUUAACUACCUUUUGUGCCUCAGAUUAACCACAACUUCCUCCUCGAAUGAUUUUGUGUCUACAGGUGACUGGCCUGAGUAGAGAUGAGGGUUCAUGUUAGAAAGCAUGGAAAAAAAAUAAUAUAGAUUUUAAAAAAAAACAGUUACUGUCCAGUCAACUCUGACUCGUGGAUACGCCAUGUGUAUCAAAGUAGAACUGUGCUCCAUAGGUUUUUC